AUGCUUCAUGAAGUUGAAAGAAAAUAUAAUAUAACGACAUAUCUGGACGAGCCAUUCUUUGAUAAGAAUAAAUUGGAAGAGGAGGCUGAAGCGUUAGCAAAGAAAAUGGGAGGGUCAGCCCCUCACGGAGAUAAAGAAGGGCAUGGAAAAGACGUUCUCUCCGUCAGCGAGUCGUCGAAGAAAACUUUUAACUCCUCCAUAUUCCACGAGCUAUCCUGGCCAGUAAAAAUGAUGCUCAUAAAAGACAAUCAAAAAUCCGCCAGAAGUGAUCAUCAUUCGUCAGAGACUAUGCCAAAGCGGAGAAUGCCUGAGAUCCAAUACUUGGUGGCUGAAAGAAGACAGGAUGAAGAAGCAAGAGAUCAGAAUGAUGAUGAUAACAGUAUGAGACUGAAGCUAUUUAGGCUCAUGUAUGAGACGAUAAGAGAUAGCGAUUUGAAAUGUAAAAGAGCUGAUCUUAUUCGUGCGCAUUACAAAAACUCUUCAGUAUUCGAAGUUGGAUACCUAAUGGGGGAUGUUAUGGACAAAUAUAAUAUUAUGUCAGAUAUAUCUAUGACACUGAAUCGUCUCUUCCACGAGUGGAAACCCAUUGAGCAUAUUAACGCGUACGAACAAAUCUCCAAUCAAGCGAUUGAGAUAAACCAUCUUAUAGACACUAUGAGGGCGAUCAGUAAACGAAACGAAAGCAAUACCGAUGCUCAAUAA